AUGAUCCUCAGGCCACCAGGCCAAGUCCAGUCUCCACUCGAGACACUCCACUACGGCGCCGGCUUCCCACGGCUCUAUCAUGAGCUCAAAUCAUACUACAACAUACUUUAUUUACUCCUCCAACCUCACGCUAAGAUGAACUGGACGGGAGGGCAGUUGCGUCGACAUUCUGCUCGCCAGGGCAUCCUGUCCAAAACACAGAACCAGAAGUUUGGCAAAUCCCGCCAGCAGGCCAGCAACGCGCCUCGGCAGCCCUCGACCUUUCGCGGGGUUCCAGACCCGAAUGUCGGUGGUGAUGAUAGGUUUGAUGGUGAUACGACCUGCAGGGAUGGGCAGAUGACGGGAGGAGAGGCACAGAACCAUCGUUGCACUGACCCUCAACUCUUCACGGGUUUCAGCCCGAGUCUGUCUCCAUUGGCCGAGUCUUUUCCUGCUGACAGCACUGGUCGUUUGGAUAACUUGAAGCGCCGCCUCCUCCAAGACCCCGACUGGGCCGCAGUCUCCGCAGCUCGCCCUCUGGAAAUCGCAUUCACCUCAGCUCACGAGGCGGAGCACUUUGGGAAGCGACGCAGGUUGACUGAAACAGACCGAAAGCGUUUGUCAGCGACUCAUGGGAAUCAAAAGAUACUUGCAGUCCCCAAGUCCCGUUACUGGAAGGACAGAGACAAUCCCCUGGACCAGAUUCAAAUCAAGAUCACAGGCCAACCUCACAGCCAACACCCACGAAACAGCCAAGGCAUACAUACGCCUCCAGAUAGAUGUGCCAAUCAAGGCUUCACACGCUCACAGAGCCCAGAUCUACUCAGGUCCAGACUCUCAGCUAAUGCACAGUACGGCGCCCACCUGAGGUCGGACCUCUCUACUUCAGAGAUCCCUCCUUCUACUAAGUCACCCAUCCAACGCACACGUCACAUCACGGACGAGGACAAAGUACUUGGAGAGAGGCCGGACCAAGGUCGGCAGUUUUCAUCAUCACACCAGCCCCAGCGAGAGCCCGCUUGUAGUCCCACGGAAACACUAUCUGCUUCUCCCACACUCAUCGUUACUGACUCGUUAUCUACCACCGGGACCCAAAGCUGGCUUCCGCACCCAACCCGACGCGUGCUCCCAAGUAGCCCCCUGCUCCCUCGUUCCAAGGAUGUUGACCUGCCCACAAGAGCACCUUAUGUGCCCUCCCAUGACCAGAACUCCUCUGGUCCAUUUACUCGUUGCGCGGAGGACACCUCCCCCGCGGCGCCCGUGAAGAUAUUUGGGCAGCUUGUUCAAAUGCGUAGCAUUGAUGAUGCAGAACGCCUGUGA